AUGACAUCGCGAAAAACACAGCAGGAAAUUGACAAGACCUUCAAGAAGGUUGGUGAAGGCAUACAGUCCUUCGAGAGCAUAUAUGAGAAGAUCAAGUCCUCCUCAAACGCUGCCCAAAGAGACAAGCUCGAAGACAACCUGAAACGCGAAAUAAAAAAACUACAGCGGUUCCGUGACCAGAUCAAGACAUGGGCUGCAGGAAAUGAAGUCAAAGACAAAGGCCCGCUGUUAGAGCAGCGGAGGGCUAUUGAAACUUGCAUGGAGCAAUUCAAAGCCGUUGAGAAGGAGAUGAAAACCAAGGCUUACUCAAAAGAGGGUCUAUCGGCGGCAGCCAGGCAAGAUCCGAAAGAAAAGGAGAGGACCGAAACAUGCGAGUUCCUGUCCUCCACCGUCGACAUCCUACAGCAGAAGAUCGAGGCUUUUGAAGCUGAGGAGGAAAUGAUACAGGCGUCGUUAAAGAAAGGGAAAAAGGAUGCAGCAAAGACCACCCGGCUAGCCGAUAUUGCGAGGAUAUCAGAACGACAUCGAUGGCACCUGGCGAAAUUGGAACUGCUUCUCCGUUCUCUACAAAACGGCCACGUCGAAACGAGUCAAGUGCUGGAUAUCAAGGAUAGCAUCAAGUACUUCGCAGAUGAUGGGCAUAAUGCCGACUUUUGUGGGGAAGAUGAGACGAUAUACGAUGAUAUAACACUCGGGGACGACGAGGCGCAAUUCGGCAUGCCCAACGACACUGACCGCGUAUCAUCGCAGGAUACGCAGUCGAUACAGGAUGAUGAUGCAGACAUGGGUGUACCCAGGCCAGCAAAGGCGAAAGCGGACCCUGGUGCUACUCGACGGUCAUCAACGCAGGUGAAAUCACCACUACCCGUCCUAGCUACGCUACACCUCUCCGGGCCCUCGUCCUCAUCCGGUAACACGAUGAAACCUGCGCCUUUACCUACACGAUUACCAGGCGAAACGCUGAAGUAUGCUUCAGCGGCUGCGGCGGCUGCAGCAAGUGACAAGAGUGGAGUUGGAAUCGCCCCGCUUCCUCCACCACCCGGUGCAAGCCCGGCUCUUUCCCAUGCAUUGCCCGUCUCCAAGGCUUCCUCAACAUCUUCGCCACAGGUGCAUCACGCACAGCCUGUACAAAGGCUCGCAUCUGCAGCUGCCAGCGUGGAUGAUUCAGCUAGUAGCCAACAGCAAUCCAAAUCGCCAACAUUGAGUCCCAGUGUUCCCGCGGCGAGUCAACCAGCGACAGAGCCACCAACCCCGGCAAUGGAUAAUGUGGAAACCAGACCUAACGGCUCCGCAAAGGAAGAAUCCACAACCGCUAACACCUCAACAACCGCUACCACGGACGAAUCCGUCUACCACCUCCCCCCCGGCCUCCAAGACCUAAUCCAAUCCUUCGAAUUAACCAAAUCCCGCAUUUCCAUGAACCCAACCAGCACAGCCUCAACUUCCACUCAACGUCUCCUCACAGCCUCCCACCACACCUGCCCGGAACCCAGCGACUCCGAACGACCCCACCACUACAGACCACAAACCCCUUACAAUACCCCUCUCUACUACCCGCAAGAACCGCUGCCCAUCUUCGACGACCCGCGCCUCUACGAGACCAGCCGCAUAGACACUGACACGCUGUUUUAUAUAUUCUAUUACCGGCAGGCGAGCUAUCAGCAGUUCCUGGCCGCGAAGUCGUUGAAGAAUCAGAGCUGGCGGUUUCAUAAGCAGUAUCAGACAUGGUUCCAGAGGCAUGAAGAGCCGAAGACAAUUACGGAGGAGUUUGAGCAGGGGACGUAUCGGUUUUUUGACUAUGAGAGUACAUGGAUGAACCGCCGAAAAGCCGAUUUCAAAUUCGUCUACAAAUUUCUGGAAGAUGACUUGUAA